AUUUAAAAUUUGGACGCAACCUCAAAACAACAAUGGCGUCCAAAGUUGACUUAAUCGUUGCAAGAGACAUUCUCGACCCAAAUUUUGACGGCUAUAAACUCUCACUCGAACCAUUACCAGUAUAUUCUACUCAACUAAAUACAGGUGUGGAUUUUGCAAAAUUAAACGAAAAACAAUUUUCUUAUUUGCAUUCUAAACUCUAUGGAAGUUAUAACCAUCUGAUAGCUGAUCCAUGGCAUCCAGAUACGGUCUAUUUUGUUGAUACUGAUUGGUCUGUUCGAAGGGUGACUGUUAAAUCUGAAGCUAAGAUUGACAAUGGAUCAGUUGUUUAUUCUAUUCCUGAUUCUGCCAAUCAAAGAUUGGUACCAGGAAGAUUUAAUGUGUCUAUUGUUUUCCCAUCAUCUCAUCUAGCAGUUUUAUCUGAUGGAACAGGCAAUCUCAUUCUGCUAUCUACAGAUGAUAGGGACUCUAACACUAGUUGGCAGUUGCUUUACAGAAAAGAUGUAUUGGGAAGUGAAACAUAUUUUCACAUAUCCGAUAGUGUUUAUCAUACUGAUAAUGAAACACAUCAUAUUGAAUGCCUGUUGAUACAUAUAGAUGAUAUAUCAGAAGAUGAAGAUAAAUAUAAAACACAGUUUACACCUGUGAUUAACUGGAUCAGUUUAUCGUCAGUGGAUCAGAAAGUAUGGAUCUUAGAAAGAAGUAGAUGUAUUGAAGAUGCCAGCCCUGAAACAAAGAUUAAAGAUAUAAGCGGUAGACUGUUUGAUUAUGCUGUAUUAGAGAAAUCAGGAAAAGCUGUUUUUUUAGCUUGUGAUAAAGUUAUGAAAUUAACCAGUGAUUCUGUUAAACCAGUAAUAACAUCUACAGAUGAUGAUGAUUACGAAAUGGUUGGAGCAACUAGUAAAGAACCAAGGUAUACAUGGAGUGAAACAGAAGAAGAUGUAACUGUACUAUUUACAGUACCUGUAGGUAUAAGUAAAGCUGAUAUCUAUUUUACACUUACAUAUGAUCAUAUAGAGUUUGGUAUAAAGAACAGUAGUGUGCUAUUGAAUGGUGAUUUAUGUUGUCAAGUUGAUGUAGAAGCCAGUACAUGGACAAUACAAGGACAGCGAUUAGAGUUGACACUUGGUAAAACAGAAUCCAAGACAUGGUCAGUCGUUGUAAAUGGUGAUACGUCAGGCGAGAAGACCUUUGAUCCCCAACAAAUUGAAGCUAUACAUCAAAGACUAGAGGCCCUGACAUCAGAUCAGCAAAAUCCAUGUCCAGAUAGGGAAGAAACACCUUAUAAUGCCCAGGAGUUAGAAGAUUGUGAUGUGGAUAUUGGGAUGAUGUUAUUACGUAUUGAUGGAGAAACACAUCAUACUACACAUCAGAUAAAUUUGUCAGAGCAGUGGCUAUUCAGUGCCAGGUUAGACAGCAAUAAACCGCCAUCAAUUUGUUUACGUCAUGAUGUGGAUGGAUUGCUAUGGCAACCAGAUGAUAAUGUGACUGCAGGAAAAGCACCAUGGAAACAUAUUGUUUCCUUCAACGCAUUGGGAUAUGUGCAAGCUUCUAAACAGCAAAAGAAAUAUUCGUCCUGUUCUCCUAAUUGUUUAUUCUCUGUGAUUUGUGACUGCAGUAAACACAUAUAUGUGUAUCACAGACAUUCUCCAAUAAACUCCCCCUUACGUAACAGAAAAACAGGAAAACAAGUGAACUCUAUUGCUAAGCAGCAAGUUGUCUCCCUUGACACAGCAGAUCAAAUAUUGGGAUUACACACGACCAAUGAUAAAAUAUUUGUGAUAACAGAAACCAGUCUCUAUCUUAUCAGGAUCAGAAAUGAGAUUUAAAGCGCUUAUCAUCCUGAUAAUUUAAAUCAUAUUCAGUUAAAUGUAUAAUUAGAUCAUGAUUAUUUCUUAAUACAUGAAAAUUAUUGUUAUAGAGGCCCAUUUUGUGCAAAAAAUAAAUAUGUUAUUUAUAACAAAAAUUGGUCUCUUAUUUUAGUAUAGUAUCUAAUUUGCUGAAAAUAGUUCGAUUGAUGGCUUUUUUCUGUUUUGUCGAAACAGAUCAACUGAUGACUUAUUUGAAUACACUAAGGGUUUUAGAUAAAGAACAAUUAGUCUUAAUAUUUCUAUGAUCCCAGAAGACAUUCAAUAUGAUGUCAUUUCAUGAAAUUGACACCUAUCAGAGUCAUUCAUAAAACCUUAAGUAGAUAUGGAUAUUUAAAAGAACAUUUUGUUAAUUACCGGUAUUCCAAAAAAUGUGGAUCUGUUGAAUAUUGCUUUAAUCUAACAAAACUUGUGUUUAUACGUCUACAUUUAAUUUUUAGAAAGCAAUUUGUGCUCCCUUUUAUAUUUGUCCUCCACCUUUUGAAGAAAGCAGGGGACUAUUAAAAUGGGUUCGUCCAUCUGUCUGUCUAUCGAUCUGUCUGUCUGUCUGUCCAUUGGGACACAAUAACUCUCCUUCUAAUUGAGCUUACUAGAAUGUUCCAACUUGGUGUAGGUGUUCAUUAGGUUAAUGACUUGAUGGAGUUCGAAGAUGAGUAUUUUCUGCUUAGUGUAAGGUAGAGAUAAGCAAUUUGAUUGGUUGAUGCUUUGGGACACAAUAAUUUUAGUUUUAAUUAAGGGAGAGUGAUGAAACUCUUGAGUAAUGUAUCUUUAAUAUGUGUCCUCUAUCUAUUUUGGGAUUUUGAUGGGGGACAUCAGCCUCACUGUUGGCUUAUUCAAUUUAUGGAUUCUUGUGCAGGAGAUACAUGCACAGGAUAGAAUUCUCAGACAAAUAUUUUUUCAAACUUGGUGAGGUUGUUUAUUGGGAAUAAGUUACAGACGAUAAAAUUUGGAAUACGUUUUGCCUACUUAGCAUACCGUUGACAUUUUGACUUUCAUCAUGGCUUGUCAACAUUAAUACAGGAAAAAGUUCUCUUUGGAAUUUGUCAAAUUGUGAGAAUAAAUCUUAUUUUGGAAAUGAGAUUGUCUCAUGAGUAGAGAUCUGUGGAAUUUUGAUUGAAUCUAAUAUUUGUAAAUAAGAGUAAAACUUUUUUUUUCCCGUAAUUGUACUGGGGAAGGGGUCAUGAUAACAACAUGAAAGUAACUACAUGUUAGUUUAGUUCACUUUACAUUAUCUUUUUCUAUAUAUAUAUAUAUCUUUAUAUUUUAAGAAACUUUUGUACAUAUAAAGAUAAUGGUGAUAAAGUUUAUCAAGCAAUAUUAAAGAUUAUGUGAGGACUAACCUGCCAUAUUUGAACUUAUUGUAAACAAUUAUUAUUCAAGUUAAUGUUCAUUACAAUGUAUAUUAUUAUAUAAUAUUAUGUACAAAAAUUGUUUAUAAUAAAAAAAUGACUGCUUUGAAAAUAAAUGCAGAACAGAUAAAAAUUG